GCUGCCCUUCACAAGCCAGAUUCAUUGGAGGAAACUCUGACCAACUUCAUAAUUCGAUAUCAGCCUCCGUACAUUGCUCAAGUGUUGGAGGGAGUCGAUAAUGGAGUUUUUUCCGUAUCAGUGGACGAAUUGUUGACAGUACACAAAACCGUGCAGCUGAGGCGAAUCCGAAUGAGAGAUUCAAAAGGCAAGCACUAUUUCCUGCCCGUUGACAACUCGGCGCGCGUUGAAAUUGUGCCUAGGACUCGUACACGCCUUGCAAAAGACUUCGAUCCUCAUCUGAUCCGCACAGCUAGGUUUCUUCGCGUCUUGAGAGAUGUUCCUGAGCUGAAACUCGACGAUGGAGAUAUUUUAGAACCCAUUUUUUUCGAAUCUACGAGGAGCACUGAAGCGGAAACUUUAAAAUGCAAAAUACUUCGUGAACCAGGGAAGGAAAUUAGGCUUCCACUUCAUUGGGGAGUACCUCUUGAGUUAUUACACGACUUUGACCCAAGAAGCUACACUCUAAGAUAUGUAGCAGAUAAUAUUGCUUUUCCAGUGGCUGUGAGAUUUGUUGAGAACGUGGUAUCCUACUCUGAUGUUGUAGCAACCUUAAGAGGGGAAUUUUAUUUCGAAGAAGUUGUCGAGGAGACCAUUGUUAUCGCAACUACAAAAGUAAACCAGGAUCAGUUAACGAUUCUAAAACUCCCCCUUGAUCUGCCGCUGACCUUACAUCCUAUCAGAAAGCUUAAUUGCGAUUCAAAAUACAUUGUUCGAUAUUGGCAAUAUCUACGGGAAGAGUUGGAUAGGCUUGAAAACCAGAUGACAACUGCUGAUAAUGACCUUCUUCCCUCGAGUCGUUUUGAAAAUAUGGGGCGAGUUGUACGGCUAUACAAGGAAAGUGAAGAUUACCUAAAGGGAAUGAAAAAAUUCCAGCCAGUUAAAAAGGCUUCAGACGAAGGCGAGGUCGUUCCAAAGAAUCUUUGUGAAGAUUUCUACGAGCCAAUGAUGCCCUCCCUGGUACACAAGCAAGAGGAAUGCAGGCUGUUUCAAGAGGAGGUUGAACCGAAUUACGAAGCUAUGGAGCCCUGCAUCUUAGGCAAACACGACGAGUACGCUACGGUUUUCGAGGGGGCCAUCAGCAAUUACGAAACAGUAGAGCCCUUAUCUUCCUCCGUUCCGUAUUCGAGUGCAAAGAGUCGACAGAGCUUAAACAGUAAAAGCGCUCAGAGCCUCCGAGAGGAACCUUUCUAUUGCUCGCUGACUUCCAUUUUUCAUGGAACCUCACCCUUAGAAAGACCAUCACAUGUGUAUGUGAAGCUGGAACAAAAAUCGUUCUCGAAGUCGCCAAGAAAAACAAAAUCUUAA